GUUCCCCAUGUGCUUCCCGCCAGUGUUGCCAGUGGUUUUAGGAGGCGAGUUGCUUUCUUUUGGACAUGUCUGAUUUGGUCUUCCCACUGGAGUGUUAGGUCCAGUAUGAUGCCUAUAUUGUGGCUGACUUAUUGGAUUUAAUCUCUAUGCCUCCAAUUCUCACUGCUUGUGUUACAUCAAACUUCGCCCUGGAGCGAGUGACAUGUAUGAGCUGGUAUUUUGCAGGAGAGAAUCUUGAUCCAUGUUUCCUUGCCCAUGUUUCUGCCCUCUGGUGUGCCCAUUCAAGGUUCCGGCAGAUUUGUUCCACUGAUGUGCUUCUCGUGAAGAAGCAAACAUCGUCGAUCCAUCCUGUUGUCUGUAUAUCUCUGUUGCCACUUCUCCGGUGAUGAGAGUCGUGGUGAAAGUCGAGGUGGAUUAAUAGCUGGUCCGAUUACCGAGGCCGACAAAUCCCUCAUACGGACACACUCGU